AUGCAGCGAGGGGAAUCGACGACGACUGUUACCUCCGCCACUACGUCCGAAGUCCGGACCACAGGCGAAGAGAUAACGAUAGAGCAGUCCACGUCGACGAGCGCAGCCAGCCAGCCAGAUCAAGCAUUGAAUCUGGCACCAGCGGGUUCCACCCGGCGGGCCGCAUCGAGAGCCGUAUCCAGAGCCAGCUCAAGAAGACAAGCCGAGGCCAGAGAAGAGCUGGCUCGCUGCGAGCUGCGGGAAGCGCAGGCAGCAGCACGCCUGGCCAGAUUACGAUUAGAAGCAGAAACGGAAGAAGAAGACUCCUUUAUAGAAGACGUCAACGAUAACCAUGAAGAAAAGGUGGCAAACUGGAUGCGCUCAUCGGCACAAAGGCCAGAAGAAACAGAAACAAAGAGCGACAUUCGAGCAAUAGCUGACGCAAUAAAGGAAGCCAUGACGACACAUGUAGCGCCGCAACCGAAGUACAUUCAAGAGCUGCCGAUAUUUGAAGGCGACAGCUCCGAAUGGACGGCGUUUCGAGUCGUAUAUGAAGACACAUCUCCAAUGUUCUCUGGCAUUCAGAAUAUGGCGCGGCUACGUAAAGCGAUUAAAGGCACAGCGAGAGAAAGCAUUAAGAGCCUCUUGUACUCAGAGGCGAUGCCAGAAGAAGUUAUUAACGCUUUACGCCGAAGAUUUGGUAGACCCGACGCGCUGGUGCUAGCUGAACUGGAGAAAUUAAAGGCGCUUCCCAGAACGACGGAAAAUCCCAGGGACAUAUGCGUCUUCGCUAGCCAAAUAAAUAACAGCGUGGCCGCCAUAAAGGGAUUGAAGAGACCGCAAUACCUCUACUCGCCUGAAAUCGUGAAACUUAUAAUAGAGAAGAUGCCUCCAAUUCUCAGGUUCAGAUGGUACGAUUUCACGGCUGCGAGGGAAGAGGAAUCGUUCAGUGAUAUCCAGUCGAUAAGCAACUUCCUCAAUUUAGAAGCGGACAAAUGCGGCGCAUUCGCGGUACUCGAAGACAGCAAAAGCGUACGACCGAGCGCAGCGAUAAGAAGGCCAGUGAAGCAAGCUACGUAUAAUAUCGCUGAAAGGAGUAGACCUGAAGAAAUCAAGUGCCCAGACUGUGAAGGUACACAUAAACUCAAAGACUGCCAAAUAUUCCUAAAAGCGGCAGUCAACGAGAGAUGGGAAACAGUUAAGAGGCUUAAGGUCUGCUUCAAGUGCCUCGCUGGGAAGCACCGGAAAGAAACAUGCCGAAGACCACCGUGCAAGUUGUGUCGAAGAUGGCACCAUAGCCUACUACAUGUGACGUCGGAGAGCGAACAAUGUCACGAAGAGGCACCGCCCGAGACAGCGACGGUCAAUACAAUAAGCACACCGAAAGCUAUUCUUAAGAUGCUCAAGGUGGAGAUAUACGGACCGGCUGGGAGCAAACAAGUACUGGCGCUGCUAGAUGAAGGCUCAACGGUGACACUGCUUGACGAAAACGUGGCUUCGAGCAUCGGCAUCAAGGGUCCUCGCGAAGCCCUGAAUAUAGAAACUAUCGGCGGAGGGCAAAUGAAAAAUCACGACUCCAUGAUUUUAGAUAUCGAACUAAAAGGGAUCAAGGAAAGCGAGAAGAGCACACUUAAGCGGGCAAGAACUAUCAAGGAGCUCAAAUUAACCCCUCAAUUCGUAGAUAAAAGCCGACUAAAGAAGUGUCAUCACUUGCGGGGCUUACUACAAGACGUGUGCUACGAAGCUGAGGCGCCGAAGCUGCUCAUUGGCCAAGACAAUUGGGAGUAUAUUGUCUCAUUACAAAUACGACGUGGAAAGCCAGGGCAGCCGGUGGCGUCACGAACGAAGUUAGGAUGGGUUCUCCACGGCUCCGACAGCAGUGGCGUGUCGCCGAUCAAUUACGUGAACACAUGUGCACACGCCAGCGUCGUCGAAGAUAAAAUAGAUCAGUUGGUGAGGGAACACUUCACUAUUGAGUCUUUGGGGGUUCAGCCGAAGAAGCCUUCAACGGAUAUCGAACAGCGAGCACUGGACAUAUUGGAAAGAACCAGCCGACAGUUGGAAGAUGGCAGAUACGAGGUCGGACUGUUGUGGAAAAAGGAAGAUGUAUGUCUUCCAAAUAACUACGCAGCAGCUUUCAACAGAUUUCAAGGCAUAGAAAGAAAGCUGCGUAAGGACGCUAAAUUAAAAAAUGAGUAUAGCGCGCAGAUAGACAAUCUGUUGAAAAGCAACUACGCUGAAGAAGCACCAGCCGACUGCACAUCUAACAAAAAAUGGUACCUGCCUCACUUCCCAGUGGUUCACCCUCUGAAAAAGAAGCUGAGAAUUGUUUUCGACGCUGCGGCCAAAUACAACGGAGUCAGCCUUAACGACGUUCUGCUGUCCGGCCCGGACUUACUACAGUCAAUAUUUGGAGUGCUACUGCGAUUCCGCCAAGGCCCUGUAGCAAUAGCGGCCGAUAUAAAAGAAAUGUUUCUGCAAGUGAAAAUACGUAAAGAAGAUAGAGACAGUCUCAGGUUCCUAUGGCGAAAAGACAAGGAAGUGCCAGUGAAGGAAUACAGAAUGACAUCAGUGAUAUUUGGAGCUGCGUCGUCGCCUUGCACCGCUAUUUAUAUAAAAAACAAGAACGCAAAGAUCCACUUACAUAAAUAUCCAGAAGCGGCGCAAGCAAUAGAGCGCAAUCACUAUAUGGAUGACUAUUUGCAAAGCUUCCACAGUGUUGACGAUUGCAAACGAGUAAUGCAGCAAGUCGACUUAAUCCACCAGAGGGCGCACUUCGAGCUACGAGGAUGGGCGUCGAAUAAGAAAGAGAUCGUAGAAGCCGACGGCGAACAGGAAGUGCACCUAGGUGAAAACGAAGAAAAGACCCUGGGACUGAGAUGGCUGACGUCAGAGGAUUGUCUUGGAUUUAGAAGCCAAUUUAGGAAAAUCCCUAACGAGGUAGCGCGAGGCAUGCAGACUCCAACAAAACGAGAAGUCACGGGAGCUGUGAUGUCUACUUUCGACCCACUCGGACUGCUAUCACCCAUUCUCAUCCAAGGAAAGAAGCUCAUUCAAAAGAUAUGGCGCAGUGGUGUUGGAUGGGAUGACCAAAUCACUGAAGACGACACCGAAGCUUGGAAGAGCUACCUAGAGCAUAUCGGUGGAAUAAAAGACAUCCGACUGCCGCGAUGCAUGUCACCAUUCUGCACUGAGGGGGAGCUGCAUACUUUUACUGACGCGAGUGAGACAGCGUAUGCAGCCGCAGUAUACUGGCGAACCAGAGGUAAAGGAAAAUACUUGAUAAACCUCGUCGCCGCCAAGUCAAGAGUAACGCCUCUGAAACCAACAUCUAUGCCGAGGCUUGAACUGCAGGCAGCUCUAUUAGGUAGUAGACUUGCAGACUCAGUGGCAAAAGAACUCGACCUGCAGGUUACAAGGAAAACGUUUUGGACGGAUUCGAGUGUGGUACUUUCCUGGAUAAAGGCAGAUCCCAGAACGUUUAAGACCUUCGUAGCUCAUAGAAUUGCGGAGAUAGAGGAUCUGACAAAACCGCAAGACUGGAGAUGGGUGCCUACAGCGCAGAAUCCUGCCGAUGAUGCGACCAGGAGCCCACCGGAAGAAUUUAACGCGGAACAUCGGUGGUUCAAGGGUCCAGAUUUCCUGUCAAAAGGCGAAGAAGAAUGGCCAGCUCCACGAAGUUUUAAAAAGGAAAAAUGCGACGAAGACAGAACGAUGGAGCAGUACUGGAUGGCAGGAACGCCAUUGGGAGAUUGA